AUGGAGGCAGUCACGGCACCGGAGGUGGCCCCAGGACCCACUCUGAAGGUGAAAGAAGCCAGCCCAGCAGAUGCGGAAGAACCCCAGAUUUCACCUCGACAGGGGGCCGGCAGCCCUAUUCCUCAACUCCUGGCCUCUCUAGAAGAGCAACCUAAGAUCUGGUUACCUCGGGCGCUGAGGCAGACCUACAUCCGCAAGGUUGGAGACACUGUGAACCUACGAAUUCCAUUCCAGGGCAAACCCAAACCUCGAGCCACCUGGACACAUAACAGCUGUGCCUUGGAUGCCAGUCGUGUGAGUGUGCGGAAUGGGGAGCAGGACUCCAUCCUCUUCAUCCGAGAAGCCCAACGUGUUGACUCAGGUCGCUACCAGCUCAGUGUGCAGCUGGGCGGGCUAGAGGCCACUGCCACCAUUGACCUCUUGGUGAUCGAGAGGCCAGGCCCUCCUCAGAGUAUCAAGUUGGUGGACGUUUGGGACUCCAAUGCUACCCUGGAGUGGACACCUCCCGGAGACACAGGCAAUGCGGAACUCCUGGGAUACACGGUGCAGAAGGCUGACACAAAAUCUGGGCUGUGGUUCACAGUGCUGGAGCGUUAUCACCGCACCAGCUUCACAGUCUCCAACCUUAUCAUCGGCAACUCCUAUGCAUUUCGAGUCUUUGCUGAGAACCAGUGUGGGCUCAGUGAGACAGCCCCCAUCACUGCCGACCUUGCCCACAUCCAGAAAGCAGUUACUGUUUACAAGACUAAGGGGUUUGCCCAGCGAGAUUUCUCUGAAGCUCCAAAGUUCACCCAGCCUCUCGUGAACUGCACUACAGUCACCGGCUACGACACCCAGCUCUUCUGCAGUGUCCGUGCCUCUCCCAAGCCGAAGAUUAUCUGGCUGAGGAACAACAUGGAUAUCCAAGGCAACCCCAAGUACAGAGCCCUCACUUAUUUGGGAAUCUGCUCACUGGAAAUCCGCAAGCCUGGUCCUUUUGAUGGGGGCAUCUACACCUGCAAAGCAGUUAACCCCCUAGGGGAGGCGUCCGUGGACUGUCGGGUGGAUGUGAUGA